AAUCGAACUGACCCGACCCAAAAACACCAUUCAAGCAUAAAAAUAGACAAAAAGAAGAUCAAACAUGCAACCAAGUGAGAAAACUAGGAUUCAUGUAAUUUCCAGUAACAGCAACACAUUCAUCAGAAAAUAAACUGUCUUCCCGGAGUGCAAGUGCAGACUAAAGAAGGACUUCUGGUUUGGUGCAAUUACAUUGGCGCCGUCUGUGGGAAUUGAACUGAAAGCUUGUUAGUUGCUCUUUCAUCAUGGUUCACACUCAAUCAGUCAGAGCUGGUAAUUCAUCUCUGCCACAUGGGCAAGGUCAACCCUCCACCAACCUUCCACCUCUGAUCCCACCUCAAAUCCCAACCCCACUUCCACCUCAGCUCCUACCUCAGGUCCCCACUAUGUUCCCUCCUAUUGAUCAUGCAGAAGGAGGAGAUGAAAACCAACCCCAUACCUCAGCCCACAAUUCAACUUCCACUGCCAAUCAAGACGUAGUGACAGCUCAGCUUGCUGUCAUGCAGCAACAGUUCGGUGUUUUUCAGUUGGGUCAAUCCCACAUCACACCCGCUCAACAACCUAUCCCUGAUGAUGUCACUCGACGCCCCGAUAGCUUGGAAAAGCUAGUAGCUGAACACCGAGGUGCUCUACCCCCACACCACGCUACGGACUCCAUACCUCACCCUCUAAAUACCAAUAUUACCCUGGAACCCUAUCCUGAUGGUUUCAAAAUACCACAAUUGGAGACUUAUGACGGGACGAAGGAUCUUGAUGAUCAUUUGCAUGCCUUCUACUCUUGCAUGCAAGCUCAGAACGCCUCUGACGCGUUAAUGUGCAAAAUCUUCCCUUCUACUCUCCGAGGUAAUGCCCGAACUUGGUAUUACAGUUUACCUCCGAGGUCAAUUAGCUCUUAUACAGAAAUGGCAUCUGCCUUUGCCACUAAGUUUUCCAGUAGAAGGUUGACUAGGAAAACUACUUCUGAGCUGAUGCGAGUUAAACAGAAGGAUGGAGAAUCUCUGAAGAACUAUAUGAGCAGGUUCAAUGAUGCAGUUUUAGAGGUUAGUUCCUUUGAUCAAGCUAUGGGAAUUGCAGCUGUAAUCUCCGGUCUCAAGCAUGACAGGUUCAGAGACAGUUUGAUCAAACAUGAUGCCACCACCUUUAGCGAGGUGAAUGAUAGGUCUCUCAAAUUUAUAACUGCUGAGGAAUACGCCCUGGCACAAAACCCACCUUCCUCUAAGAACCAAAACCCAGAUUGGAGAGAUGACAACCCAAGCAGGAAAAGGAUGAGGAUGGCGCAGAACCGAGGUCCGAUGUUGACCUCCCCAACGAGAGUCGGAAGGCCGAACUCAACGCCCCUGCAGCAAUCUACAGAGCUGAACAACCGAGGUUUGUCAGAGAGCAGAGGCCGCAGCCUCAAGGAGUCCGCAAUCCCCCAAGGUGUGGGAUAUCAGCAAGCCCCACCUCCGCUCCCACCACCAGCUAGAAUCAUACACAUGAUCACGGGAGGCCUUGAAGCAGGUGGGCUAAGCUCUAAACAGCGAAAGCUGUAUGUCAGAGAGGUUAAGCAUCAGAACCAAGCUCAGAAGCGGAAGAUUGACGAUGCUGAGUGGAAAACUCAACCCAUUACUUUCACAUAUGCUGAUCUUGAUACAGUUGUUACACCCCACAAUGAUCCCUUAGUCACUUCUGUCAUAAUUAACAACUGUGAAGUACAGCGUGUCCUUGUUGAUACCGAAAGUGCACCAGAUAUCAUGUACUUUCAUUGUUUCGAGAGUCUUGGGCUGGAUCCAACGUUGUUGCAGAAAUAUGAUGGUCCUAUUUAUGGCUUCAACAACCAACCUGUUCCGGUGGAAGGAGUUCUUACCCUCCAUGUGGCUUUUGGGAGUGGCCGAACCUAUGUAACCCCUUCAGUCCGGUUCCUCGUAGUCAAAAUGGCAUCCUCUUUCAACAUUGUUAUUGGCCGACCCACACUGACUGAAAUCCGAGCUAUAGUUUCCCAAUCUCACCUCUGUAUGAAGUUCCCAACCCCUAUGGGAAUAGCAACACUGCGAGGAAACCAGGAGAUGGCCAGACAUUGUUAUAUCACCUCGGUAACACAACCUACGAAGGGCAAAGAUCAGACACCCGAGGCCAUUUCCCAGCAAAUUCCUAAUACUCAGCAAGUUAUGGGUGUAGAGAUUGUCGAUAAUCGACCGGAAGAUGAAACCAGGGCUGCUCCAGUCGAAGAUGUUGAGGAAGUGCUCAUUAAUGACAGAGAUCCGAGCCGAAAGACGCAAAUCGAAACUAGAUUGAACCCGAAAGAGAGAGCAGAGCUUAUAGCUUUUCUCCGAGCUAACAAUGAUGUAGUCGCAUGGACUUCGGCAGAUAUGCCAGGAAUUCCAAAAUCAGUGUCUCAACAUAAGCUCAACACCAAUCCAUUGAAGAAACCAGUGGCCCAGAAGCGGCGUCUCUUCAAGGGGGAGAGGCUUCAGGCUAUUAAAGAAGAGGUAGAGAAACUUCUACAAGCUGGUUUCGUCAGGAAAGUUGAUUACUACGAAUGGGUGGCUAACCCAGUCCUGGUGAAGAAGGCAAACGGUAAAUGGCGAAUGUGUAUCGAUUACACAAAUCUUAACCACGCCUACCCUAAGGAUUGCUAUCCAAUGCCGAGCAUUGACAGAUUAAUUGAAGCGACUUCAGGCAAUGAGAGGUUAAGCCUCUUGGAUGCAUAUUCUUGGUAUCACCAGGUGCCGAUGGCUCCUGAAGAUGAAGAGAAAACCUCGUUCUAUGCUGGCGAUGAAAUUUAUUUCUAUGUCAUGAUGCCGUUUGGCUUAAAGAACGCUGGUGCUACUUAUCAGAAAAUGGUGACCAUCGUCUUUCGAGCUCAGAUCGGCAAGAAUCUGGAGGUGUAUGUCGAUGACAUCGUAGUAAAGAGCCAGAAAGCAGAAGACCAUCUAGCCGAUCUCGAUGAAACCUUCAACAACCUCAGAAAGAACAAGAUGCGAUUGAACCCAGCCAAAUGCAUCUUCGGAGUGGAGUCAGGAAAGUUUCUAGAUGAAGCGAUUAGUUCAGUUCUGGUGAGAGAAGAAGCCAAGCAGCAGAAACCAAUCUAUUACAUCAGCAGCGUGUUGCACAGAGCAAAGCUAAGGUACCCUAUAGUUGAAAAAGCAGCAUUAGCAGUUAUUUUGCAGAAACCAGAGUGCUCCGGAAGAUUAAUUAAGUGGGCAGUGGAACUGGGAGAGUUUGAGAUAACGUUUCAGCAGAGAUCGGUCAUCCGAGCCCAAGCAUUAGCAGAUUUUAUUGUCGAAUGUACUCCAUGUCCUUCAACCUCUAAUCUAGAGCCCAACGAUUGGACCUUAUAUGUUGAUGGAGCAUCUAGUAGCAAGGGUUCAGGGGCUGGCGCCCUCUUGAUUGGUCCAGAGGGAUACCGAAGUGAACAUGCCUUGAAGUUCAACUUUGAUGCGACAAAUAACAUGGCUGAGUAUGAAGCUCUACUACUUGGUUUACAACUAGCAUUGGAGUUGAAAAUCAGUGCAAUUCAAGUGUACAGUGAUUCCCAGCUGGUGGUAAACCAAAUCAACUCUAUCUGUGAAGUUGUUGAUCCUGUGAUGGUGAAGUAUGUAGCCUUGGUGGCCGAGCUGAAGUGCAAAUUCCAGAAAUUCUAUCUGAGUAAAAUCCCCCGAGCUGAGAAUGAACAGGCAGAUUCACUCUCCAAGUUUGCCUCUGAUAGCUCUUUAAGUUCCAAAUCCGUUUUUGUAGAGAUCUUAGAUGAACCAAGCUUCAUGAAGCCUCGGGAGGCAAUGAAGUUGAGAAAGAAAGCAUCUCGGUAUACCUUCGUUGAUGGGGUCCUAUAUAAGAGAUCUUUCUCACUUCCUCUUCUACGGUGUUUAAACCCCUAUGAAGCUGAAUAUGCACUUCGAGAGGUGCAUGAAGGUGUCUGUGGGAGCCAUGUCGGUGCUAGGACUCUGGCUCACAAAGUCUUAAGGCAAGGAUAUUACUGGCCAAACAUGCAUAAAGAUGCUAGUUAUUUUGUUCAGAAAUGCCCGAAAUGUCAAUUCUUCGCACAUCUGACUCACCAACCAGCAGAAGAACUCACAAACAUGGUAGCACCGUGGCUAUUUGCUCAGUGGGGAUUGGAUCUUUUAGGCCCAUUCGUGAAAGGGGUUGGUGGUGUAACCCAUCUGGUUAUUGGUGUGGAUUAUUUCACAAAGUGGAUAGAAGCUCGGCCUUUAUCUAGUCUUACCUCUAACAAGGUCGAAGAUUUUGUUUUCAGCUCGAUCAUCUGCAGAUAUGGGAUCCCAAAUCAGAUUGUGGCUGAUAAUGGAACUCAAUUCAAUUGCUCUUCAUUCCGAGAUUUCUGUUCCAGUUAUGGGAUUAAGUUACAGUUCACCUCCGUUUACCAUCCGGAGUCCAAUGGCAUGGUUGAAUCCGUUAACAAAUGCAUUUUAGAAGGUAUAAAGCCGAGAUUGGAACAACAUAAGGCCAAGUGGGCAGAAGAGCUCAACAACGUCCUCUGGGCAUAUAGAACCACGAGCCGAACUGCCACAGGUGAAACACCCUACCACUUGGCCUUUGGUACCGAAGCAGUCAUUCCUGUUGAAAUAGGAGUCCCAAGCCUCCAGGAUACCCAUUUCGAUGAAGGACGAAAUGGACAACUGCUUCGGGAAAACCUUGAUCUGCUUGCUAAAGUCAGAGAAGAAGCUCGGCUUCGAACUCUUGUAUACAAGCAAAAACUAGCCAACUUCUACAAUAAACGGGUCCGCCCUCGAACAUUCAAAAAGUUUUACCCCUAAUAAAAUUCUUUCAAGAGAUCUAUGUCUUGCUGUUCUUUACGCUUCUCACUUCGUGUUAAUAGAGAUUCAUUUUACCUCUUAUUCUAUGUAUCUGAGGUCAAUCAGCUCAUUCAUUCCUUGAACCUCAUUCCUGUUAAUAAAUGUCACUUCACAUU